AUGGACCUCGAGAAUCCAGGACCUCUGCAGAAGACGCCGAUGCUGCGGUGCUGGCCUUGUGUGACGUCAGCGAAGCUGAUGCCCGUCCAGUUUUCCAAAGAGGAAGCCGCUGCGGAGGAGGCCGUCUUCGUCCCCAAGCACGUCGAGCGGCUGCAGACGCAGCUGGGAGCGCGCUGGCUGGCCGGCUGGUGCCAGCGGGUGGCAUCGAGUGGCGGAGAAUUCCCCGCAGACUCCGCCAGCCUCGUCCCCGACAACGACGCGGUGCCCACCGCCGCCGCCCGCCUGCUCUUGGAGCAGACCUCCGAGGAUGUGCUGGCGGCCGAGCUGUAUGACCUGCUGGGGGAGGGCGUGUUUGCACGCAUAGAGGAGCUGCUGCUGGCCCGCCCAUCCAUCGUCGCUAACAUCCGAAAUGCAAUUACCGCGCUGCGGGAGACAGAGCAGGAAGACGACCCUGUUGGGUCAACAGCUGGCAUAGCCUACAUGUCCGAUACUGUGACCAUGAUGUCAGAGUCUCAGAGGCUGCUGGCCAAGUAUGAGCGCAAGGCCGGCCGCCGGUCGGAUCGCAGCGGCAGGGAUUCGGCCGCCGGCGUGCGACGCGAGGACGAGACGGACGGUGCAUGGCUGAUGCGGGUGGGGCUGCACGCCCUGGUUCAGGACGAGGAGGCCAAGGACACCGCACAUCUCUUCAUAAAGCUAGGAGGUGUGGAGUUCCGGCUGGGCGACGGAGUGGAGGGCGUGGGGGGCCGGAAGGCCCUGCCAACUGGCACGACGCGCAAGAACUUCAAAAAGUAUGAGGAGAUUUUUGUGCCGGCCACCAAGCCCUCGGUGCCGCCUCCCGAAGAAGUUUCCAUCAAGAUCAGCGACCUCCCUGCAUGGGCCCAGCCGGCAUUUGCAGGGUUCGAGACGCUGAACCGCAUCCAGUCCCGCAUCUACCCGACCGCAUUCAACAGCAACGAGAACAUCCUCGUGUGUGCCCCCACCGGCGCGGGCAAGACCAACAUUGCCAUGAUCUCUGUGUUGCGUGAGGUGGCCCAGAACAUGGUGCAGGGCCGGAUCCGCACCCAGGACUUUAAGAUCAUCUACGUCGCGCCCAUGAAGGCCCUGGCGGCCGAGGUGACCUCCGCCUUUGCCCGGCGCCUCGCACCCCUGGGUCUGCGCGUGAAGGAGUUGACCGGGGACAUGCAGCUGAGCAGGAAGGAGAUGGCGGAGACCCAGAUGAUCGUGACCACGCCCGAGAAGUGGGACGUGAUCACGAGGAAAGGCGGCGAGGUGAGCGUGGCCGCCACGGUGCGCCUGCUCAUCAUCGACGAGGUGCACCUGCUGAACGACGAGCGCGGCCCCGUGAUCGAGACGCUGGUGGCACGGACCACUCGUCAGGUGGAGGCCACCCAGUCCAUGAUCCGCGUGGUGGGGCUGUCGGCCACCCUGCCCAACUACCAGGACGUCGCCGCCUUCCUGGGCGUCAACCUUCAGACCGGCCUGUUCUACUUUGAUGCCUCGUACCGCCCCGUCCCGCUGGAGAUGCAGUUCAUCGGCAUCUCGGAGAAGAACUUUGGUGCGCGCACGACCAUCAUGGACGACGUGACCUACCAGAAGGUGGCCGACUCGCUGAAGCGCGGCUUCCAGGCCAUGGUCUUUGUGCAUUCUCGCAAGGACACGGGGAAGACGGCGCGGUCCCUGGCCCUGCGGGCGCAGCAGGGGGGUGACCUGGACCUGUUUGACUGCAGCGGGGAGGAGACGCACGCCCUGUAUGCCCGGGAAGUCCAGAAGUCGCGGAACCGCGAGCUUGCCGAAGUCUUCGAAGCAGGCAUCGGCAUCCACCACGCCGGCAUGCUGCGCUCCGACCGCACGCUGGUGGAGCGCAUGUUUGGCGCCGGCAUCAUCAAGGUGCUCUGCUGCACAGCCACCCUGGCCUGGGGUGUCAACCUCCCCGCCCACACCGUCAUCAUCAAGGGCACCCAGCUGUAUAACCCGGCCAAGGGCGGCUUCACCGACUUGGGCAUGCUGGACGUCCAGCAGAUCUUUGGGCGGGCGGGGAGGCCCCAGUUCCAGGACUCCGGGGAGGGCAUCAUCAUCACCACACACGACAAGCUGGGGCACUACCUGGGCAUGCUGACUCAGCAGACGCCCAUCGAGUCGCAGUUUGUCAUCGGGCUCGUGGAUCACCUGAACGCCGAGCUCGUGCUGGGGACGGUCACCAACGUACGCGAGGCCAUCCGCUGGCUGUCCUACACCUACCUGUACACCCGCAUGCGCAAGAACCCCCUGCCCUACGGCGUGUCGUGGGAGGAGCUGAUGGCCGACCCGACCCUGGAGGCCGCGCGGCGGCGCCUGGUGGGGGAGGCCGCGCGGGAGCUGCAGCGCUGCCGCAUGGCGCGCUACGAUGAAGCCGGCGGGAACCUGCACGUCACCGACCUGGGGCGGGUGGCCUCACACUACUACAUCGCCGCCUCCUCCAUCGAGGUGUUCAACGAGCGCCUGCGCGCCCGCCUGGGCGAGGCCGACGUGCUGGCUAUGAUGGCACGCAGCAAAGAGUUUGACAAUCUGACGGUGCGUGAAGACGAGGGCGUGGAGCUGGACACCCUGGCCCGCUCCGCCUGUGUGUAUGACAUCCAGGGCGGCGCAGACACCAAGCCUGGCAAGGCAAACAUCCUCCUCCAGGCAUACAUCGCACGGGCGAGGAUCGACAGCUUCAGCCUGACGGCCGACAUGAACUACGUCUCGCAGAAUGCGGGCCGCAUCGCCCGUGCCCUGUUUGAGAUCUGCCUGCGCCGAGGAUGGUCUGGCGCGGCGGAGGUCUGCCUCACCAUGUGCAAGUGCUUUGAGAGGAAGCUGUGGCCGGACGCCCACCCUCUGUGGCAGUACGAGUCCUCCCUGCGCUUCGAGCUCAUACAGAAAGUGGAGGACAGGAACCUGAGCAUGGAGCGCCUCGCGGAGAUGACGGCGCAGGAGAUUGGUGACCUGCUGCACCACCCGGCGGCCGGGCCGCAGCUGGCAGACGCGGCCGCCUCCUUCCCGGCCCUGCUCCUGGAGGCCCACCCCCACCCCAUCACGCGCACCGUGCUGCAGCUGGUGCUGCGCAUCACCCCCGCCUUUGAGUGGAAGGAGCGCCUGCACGGCGGCUCUCUCAAGUGGCACAUCUGGGUGGAAGACGCCAACAGCGAAAACAUCUACCACUCUGAGCAAUGGAUGCUGCAGCGGCACACAGCCAGGGCCGGGCCCCAGAAGCUGGAGUUUGUGGUGCCCAUCUUCGAGCCGCUACCGGAGCAGUACUUUGUGCGCGUGGUGUCGGACGAGUGGCUGGGCGCGCAAUUCCUCCUCCCCGUCCCGCUGCGCCACCUAACCCUGCCACAGCGCCAGGGCGGCCACACCGACCUCCUGGAUCUCACACCGCUGCCCACAACGGCUCUGGGAGACCCGGCCUCUGCCUCUCUCUUCCCCUUUACACACUUCAACCCCGUCCAGACCCAGAUUUUCCACGCUGCAUUCCAUUCCAAUGCCAACUUGCUCGUCGGGGCCCCCACUGGGUCUGGCAAAACUGUGAUUGCUGAGCUAGCCAUUUUACGCCUCUGGAAGCUCUCUCCCGCCAGCAAGGUGCUCUUCAUAGCUCCCAAGGAGGUGAUUGUCCAGGAGCAGCAGAGGAGCUGGUCCUCAGGAUUCUGCAAGACGCUGCGGCGCGCCCUUCUUCGCCUCAGGGAGGAGGUCGCAGAUGACGAGGCUGCCAUCAGCAAGGCAUCUAUCUUCCUCUGCACCCCAGAGGAAUGGGCGGCACUCUCCAGUGCUGGGCAUGGCAAUGCUCUCAUGCAGAUGGUCGGACUGGUCAUCGUCGAUGAGGUGCACCUGCUGGGAGCCGAGGAGGGGCACACCCUGGAGGUCGUCGUUUCCUCACUCCGCCGCACGGCCCCCACCUCACUGCGGUUCCUGGGUCUGGCCACUGCCCUGGCGAACGCUGGAGAUCUGGCGGCCUGGCUGGGCGUAGCGCCAGAGGGCCUGUUUGCAUUCAUGCCCUCUGCCAGGCCGGUCCCGCUGGAGUGCCACAUGCAGGGGUACCCCAGCCGGUUCUACAGCCCGCGCAUGGCAUCCAUGAACAGGCCGGCCUAUGUGGCCAUCCAGACGCAUGCACAGAGCAGACCGGCCAUUGUGUUUGUGUCUUCGAGGCGCCAGACUCGCGCCACGGCGAUGGACAUCAUCAGCCACGCGGUGGCAGACGACAAGCCCCGCGCUUUCCUGCACAUGACGGAGGCGGAGGUGGAGGACACGCUGUACUCAGUGCGGGAUCCUGUGCUGGCGCACUGCCUCCAGUUUGGCAUAGGCCUGCUGCAUGCCGGUCUUGCGCUGCCAGACCAGAGGCUGGUGGCAAGGCUGCACACAGAGGGCAAGAUCCAGGUCCUGAUCACCACCCCUGGAAUGGCGUGGGCGGCCCUGCCCCCAGCCCACCUGGUCAUCAUCAAGGGCACAGAGCUCAGCGAUCCCGUGACGGGGCGGUAUGUCGACUACCCUCUCACGGACAUCCUCCAGAUGCUGGGCAGAGCCGGACAGCUUGGCACAGACACACAGGGGAUAGCUGUCGUCAUGGUGUACGAUCCCAAGAAGUCCUACUAUAAAAAGUGCCUGUAUGAGCCCUUGCCCGUGGAGUCCUGCCUCCAGCAGCAUCUGGCUUCCUACCUCCUGGCCGAGGUGGCAUCAGGGGCAAUACAGGGCUGCCAGGACGCAAUCGAUUGGCUGUCCUGGACCUUCCUCGCGCGGCGCCUGCUGCAAAACCCCUCCUACUACGACCUGCGGGGCACCGACCAGGCCCAGGUGGACCGCUUCCUUUCCUCCCUGGUCGAACGCGCGGCGCAGGAACUCAGGGAGGCGGGGCUGGUGGCGGCGCGGGGCCGCGGUGGCAUCCAGCGCCUGCCGCCGGCGGGGCCCUGCGCCCGGCACGGCCUCCUGCCGCGUGGCAUCCCACGGCUGCUCCAGGCCCUGCCCAGCGCGCGCAGCGUGGAGGACGUGCUCGCCAUCGUGAGUGGCGCAGCGGAGUUCGACGCCCUGCCCGUGCGCUUCAACGAGGACAAGCUCAACCUGCAGCUUGCCAAGGCGGUGCGCUGGCCACCGAGGGGUGCACGCAUGGACGAUCCACACACCAAGGCCGGCCUGCUGCUGCAGGCCGGCCUCGAGGGGGUGGCCAUGCCCAUCAGCGACUACAAUGCCGACAAGAGGGUGGUGUUGGACACCGCUGCUCGCCUCCUCCAGGCACACUGGCUGGUGAUCGUCGGCGACCUCGAGUCCAGGACCUUGCAUGGCAUGCAGAGCGUGGGAAUGGGUGCUAGGCAAUCCAGCACGACUGUGCAGUGA